AUGCUCGAUCGGAGAGUGGCUGGCUUUGCUUGUGUCCUGGGCUACAUCGGCCUGCUGGCAGCCAUCUGCUUCCUGCUGGCCUUUUUAGCCAGGAAGCUCCCAGACAACUUCAAUGAGGCCAAGUUCAUCACCUUCAGCAUGCUCAUCUUCUGCGUGGUCUGGAUCACCUUUGUCCCUGCCUACGGCCACUUUGACCAGGAUGAGGGAGGCUUCAUCGUCGGAAGGACUCUAGCCCUGCACUACAGAGUGGAGCUGUCGGAUAAAACCAGCAAUCCUAAAAAGGCUGCUGCUGAUUGUCGGGGGUUGGAUGCUAGAUGUUCUCCAUGGGUUCUCAUGUGCCCGGUCAUCAAUGCCACUCUGUACCAUUUGACCUGUGCCCCUACAAACCAGAGUGUCAACCCUGUGGCUGCUGAACAUGGCCACAUUGCAGAAAGUCUACUCAUCACACUGAUUCUCUACCACACACAGAUGGCUAAACUGGUGUUCAAACAGAUGCUGGGGAGCCCUCAAUACCCCCUACUUUUCAAGGGGGGUGAUUUUACUAUUGGAGGAGCAUUUUCCAUACACAGCCAAAUCUCAGUGUCCACAGCUUCCUUCAAAACUGACCCUGAACGUCCAACUUGCACCAGUCUAAACCUCAGAGAAUUCCGCUUUGCUCAGACCAUGAUAUUUGCUAUUGAAGAGAUUAACAACAGCAGCAGUUUACUACCAAACAUGUCCAUCGGAUAUAAGAUCUACGACACCUGUGGAUUCACUCUGUCCUCCGUGAAGACAGCUAUGGCUCUGAUGAAUGGAGAAGAGGGGCCAGAGGGGAAGCUGUGCUCAGGCAGUGCUGCGGUACAUGCCAUUAUAGGAGAAUCUGAGUCCUCCUCAACAAUAGCCAUGGCGAGGAUUGCUGGCCCUUUCCAUAUUCCAGUGAUAAGCCACUUUGCUACAUGUGCAUGCUUGAGCAACAGAAAGGAAUUCCCCUCGUUCUUCAGAACCAUUCCCAGUGACUAUUACCAGAGCAGAGCACUGGCUCAGUUAGUGAAGCACUUUGGCUGGACCUGGGUUGGAGCAGUGAGGAGUGACAAUGACUAUGGCAACAAUGGGAUGGCCACAUUUGUGGAGGCUGCCCAAUAUGAGGGUGUGUGUAUUGAGUAUUCUGAGGCUAUUUCCAGAACAAAUCCAAGAGAGAAGAUUGCAAGGAUUGUUGAAAUUAUUAAAAAGUCCACAUCAAAAGUUCUGGUGGCCUUCCUGGCCCAGGGUGAGAUGGAGGUGUUACUAGAAGAAGCUUUAACUCAAAAUGUGACUGGCCUGCAGUGGGUAGGAAGUGAGUCCUGGAUCACAGCUAGACACCUAGCUUCACAGAGAGUGUCUACAGUCAUAAGCAGUGCGAUUGGUUUCACCAUCAAAAAGUCGAAUAUACCAGGCCUCCGAAACUUCUUGACAAAUGUUCACCCCUCUGUAAGCCCAAGCAAUACUCUCCUGAGAGAAUUCUGGGAGACAGCAUUUGAAUGCAGGUUUGCCCCUCAGAUGUCUAAUAUGAAGACAUGCUCAGGCUCAGAGAAACUGACUGAGCUGAGCAACCAGUACACAGAUGUUUCAGAACUGAGGAUUUCUAACAAUGUGUAUAAGGCUGUAUACGCUGUGGCCCAUUCCCUUCACAACCUACUGGCAUGUGGAACCCCUGUGAAUCGGACAUGUGCCAAGAAGGAGAUCAAAUCAGGUCAGAUGGUAAAUUAUCUGAAAGGUGUACAUUUCACAACUGGUACUGGUGAGGAUGUGUUCUUCAACUAUAAUGGAGAUCCAAUUGCACAAUAUGAACUGGUCAACUGGCAGCAUAAUGAUGUUGGAGAGACAGAGUUUGUGACCGUAGGUUACUAUGAUGCAUCGCUUCCAAUUGGGCAGCAGUUUUCCAUGAAUCCCACCAACAUUGUGUGGGCUGGUGAUCCCUUCACAAGGCCGGUGUCAGUGUGCAGUGAGAGUUGUCCCCCUGGCACUCGGCAGGCUGUGAUCAGAGGGAAACCAAUUUGCUGCUUCUCCUGUGUCCUGUGUGCUGCAGGGGAGAUCAGCAACACCACUGAUGCUGCUGAUUGUACAAAGUGUCCUCUAGAAUUCUGGUCAAAUGCAGACAACAGCCAGUGUGUCCUGAAGCAAAUAGAGUUCCUUUCAUUUGAAGAGACCAUGGGAAUUUUGCUAACUGUGCUCUCUUUGAUGGGUGCAUGUUUAACGUCAGCCAUUGCUCUAAUUUUCUUUCUUUCCAAAAAAACCCCUAUUGUGAAAGCCAACAACUCAGAGCUGAGCUUCCUGCUACUCUUUUCAUUGAAACUGUGUUUCCUUUGCUCUCUUACCUUCAUUGGCCAGCCCUCUGAAUGGUCCUGUAUGCUGCGCCACACAGCGUUUGGGAUCACCUUUGCAUUAUGUAUUUCUUGCAUCCUAGCAAAGACUAUAGUGGUGUUAAUGGCCUUUAAAGCUACAGUUCCAGGAAGCAGAGUUUUCCAGUGCACUGUGCCCUUACAGAGGUUCAGUGUGUUUGGCUCCACACUCCCACAGGUGGUAAUAUGCACUCUGUGGAUAGCUCUUGCUCCUCCAGUUCCACAUACAAAUAACACUCACUUCACAGAUAGAAUCAUUCUAGAAUGUGAUGUAGGAUCAGCAGUGGGGUUCUGGGCUGUACUGGGUUAUAUAGCACUCCUCUCUAUAUUGUGUUUUGUUUUGGCUUUUCUGGCUCGUAAGCUGCCUGACAACUUCAAUGAAGCCAAAUUCAUCACAUUCAGCAUGCUCAUAUUCUGUGCAGUCUGGCUCACCUUUAUACCAGCUUAUGUAAGCUCACCUGGAAAGUUCACUGUAGCUGUAGAAAUAUUUGCAAUUUUAGCAUCUAGUUUUGGCUUGUUGUUCUGUAUCUUUCUUCCAAAAUGUUAUAUAAUAUUAUUUAGACCUCAUAAAAAUACAAGAAAACAUAUAAUGGGUAAGAAAGGUGUGAAAUCUCAGUGA